CUUGGAAAAAGUAAAGAUUAUUUUGAUUCAUAUGUGGCGCAGUAUUCGGUUGAAUUCACAUUUUGGUUUUGAUGGCUAUAUCUGAUUUUCGUCAAGAACAGUGGUGAAAGAGGCAAGAAAAAUCCUGAAUAUUCAUUUUGUCAUUGAUAGCCUAAUUGCUAGCUAUCUGUAUAUUUUAAAAUCACAGUUUUGUUGAUGUCCAGCUCAAGCUCAAGCUGCGCCAUUUUCUUGGCUUUACUAAUUUGAAUUGCAGUUCUUGCUUUAUUUUUCUAGCUGGCUGGUAUUCUUUUUCAGUGAUUCAACUAUAUCUUUUGCCAUUUUAGUUGCCAACUUUUUUGAUGGCGGGGGGACAGCGUGCCGGCGCCAUGUCCAAGCCGCCGGCGGCCAGCGGAAACCUGACCACCUACAAGCUGGUGGUGGUGGGGGACGGCGGCGUCGGCAAGUCGGCGCUCACCAUCCAGUUCUUCCAGAAGCUGUUCGUCACCGACUACGAUCCGACUAUUGAGGAUUCGUACAUCCAGCACUGCGAGGUGGACGCCCAGUGGUGCAUCAUGGACGUGCUGGACACUGCUGGUCAGGAGGAGUUUAGCGCUAUGCGCGAGCAGUACAUGCGCACCGGCGAUGGCUUCCUGCUCGUCUACUCUGUCACCGACAAACAGAGCUAUGCCAACAUACAGCACUUCCACACGCAGAUCCUGCGCGUCAAAGACAGGGACUCCUACCCGAUGCUCCUAGUGGCCAACAAGGUCGACCUGGUGCACCUUCGUAAGGUGACCGAGGAGCAGGGCCGCGACCUGGCCGCCAAACUGGCCAUUCCGUACAUUGAGACCAGCGCCAAGGACCCGCCGCUAAACGUUGACGCCGCGUUCCACGAGGUGGUUCGUAUCAUCCGCACCUCGCCUCCGUCGGACCAGGACCGCAAGAGGCGCCGGCGCCGGCGCGGCCGUCAGUGCGCCCUGAUGUAACGGGCCGCCGCCAGUCGCCCGACGGUUCGGCCGCGGCCGGACCAUGCCCGUAGGUCCGUCUGGACCGCCGCUCCGCGCCCCUCGGCCCUCGGACCCUGCCCGACCCGGUCGUCCUUUUUAUACUCUUUGUGUACGAGCCAGCCACCGCUCGAUCCGAGCGAGAGCCGAUUCGGUCGCUGUCCAACGCCGAGCCGCUUCUCGCGCUACCUGUGCCCGUGGAGCCCCGAGUAUUACGAUAGAGGCUGUUUUACACCCGGCUAGGUGUCGCGCCGAUCGUGUCUAGUCUGAUAUAGGUGGCGCUAGCGGCGAAGACGUUGCUUGGUCGAUGGUGAGGUCACAGCGUCUCGCCUCCUGAUUGGUCGGCCCGUCUCACCUGUUCCCUGAUUGGUCAGCUGUGUUGACCUCGGGUUUAGAGGCCGUGAAGUUCCCGAGCGAGCUGUGUAAGAGCUUAGAUGUCAGAGGUGCUCUAAUUUUGUUCCAAGAGGGCAUUGCCCUGAAGCCAUAAGUUGGUGCUGUAUGUUUGGGAGACUUAAAAAAGACUGUUUGCUUGUCGCGGAAUAUUUCGCACAAAGGCACAAAUGUUAUUUUUUGAAGACAUGUUAAGUUUGCCCGCACAUGCUUUGCAUUCAGAGCACAAUCAUCUUGUGCUAGCGUGCUAUUUUUGUCGUUUUAAUGAUUAUCGAGAUCAUGCGCUCUUCUAACAAGUUAACGGCUGAUAGAGUAAGUUCAUUGACUAAUGCUGACCAGCUUUUAAUAGAUAUAUUAUCAGCUGUUCUUAGCCAGUCACCGAAUUGUCAAAACGCUCAAAUUCGGUCACUGGUAUGUUGAAUCAAUUUUAUAUUUUAGUUUUCCCAUCGUUGGAUCUCGCAGUGGAGACAUGGGGUGCCAGUGUGUGUGUGUGUGUUUUGGGGAGAGGUCAGUGGUGGUCCGUCUCUGCCACGACGUGUCGUGUGCGACCUGUCCGCAGUGCCCGGUCUCGCUGUGGUUGGCCCCCGGGCUGCCGGGCACCUGUAGAGCCCACCGCCGCGUGCAGUCUCCCAGUGUUAGCUGUGAUGUGUCCCGACCGGCCGACAGUGGCGCUACCUCCCCGGGAGUCAGCCCGGGAGUCGGCGAGAGAGCAUUCCACCGACUCGCCGCCCGACGCCGAGCUUUCAGUGUUGACCGACAGGCGGCGCUAGCGGCGCCGUCUCGCUUGUCCGAGCUUUAUGUUUGGUGUGCGGCCCCGGGACCGCGACGGGUCGGUUGUGACCACGUCUGGGGUGUUCUGGGAAGGUCUCCCAGACACCCUGUGCGCAGAAGGCGCUGGGCUGAUCUAAGGCUCCCGACCUCUGCCCUGGUCCUGCUCUUCCCGCCGCUCUGAUCGCUCUUCCUGGCCGGUGACCCGUUGCUAUGUUGUGUGUGUGGUUGGGGCCGCGAACGCGUGGCAAAUACAUGUUUCGUGCUCA